AUGCGAGUUUGGACAAACCUUCAAGCCACUGUGCCGGCAGGAAUUACGCAGUCAGUACUUUUACGAGAUGCUAUGGAACGAUCUGUAGGCUAUGUGAUAGAUCAGUGGUUCCGCACAAACAAUUAUGAGAUGUAUGGAUUUGCUUCUCAUCCAGACUUGCCAAGGACUGUUAACGCCCUUGAGGGGCAGCAUAACGGAUGGAAUGCCAUCUUAAGCUCAACUACAACGCUCAACAAAUUCAUUGAGUUAAUAGCGCGUGAUCUUGAAAAGCAGGGACUAAACAUCCUCCCAAUGUUGACAAAUCAGGCAAUGCCAAAACGUCGCGACUCUGAUGUAGCCAGAGAUGAGAUCAUAACUCGUGGAUCCGAGAAAAUUAUUGAAGAGAUUGCAAGGAGCAUCGUGUUUCCCAUGGAGAAAGUAAAACGGUAAGAAACGAAAGAACUACACUAACAUCUUAUUAUUUUUAGGUUUGCUAGGUUCUGUUCGUAUUUUUGUGGCGCACCGGCAACAGCCCGGCUAACUCAAAGACAGCGAAAGCAAAGAGAAGCCGCCGAGGAGGAUGAAGACGCCGCUAAUAACGAAAAUGAGAAUAACAACUCCGACGGCGACGCAGACGACAUGCCAGAUAUUCCAGAAUGA